CUACGUGUUAUUACGCCAUAAUCAUACAAUGUCUCCCCACUUGUGAUCAAUUCGGAAUACACUGGUAGACUCCCACGAACUCUACGCUCAAACAUCAUCACCGCGAACAACCUCUGCAGACCACUCAGCAGCACAUCAGCCAACAUGUCGUUCUUCCCCCGAUCAUUCUACGGCUCCGACGCCAGCUUCACCCCUCUCUUCCGGCUCCUGGAUGACUUCGACAGCUACUCCCGCGAGGUCCAGGGCACCCAGGAGGGCGGCCGGCGCUCGGCCCGCACCCGCACCUUCAGUCCCCGCUUCGAUGUUCGCGAGGUCGAGGGCGCCUACGAACUGCACGGCGAGCUCCCUGGAAUCGCCCGUGAGAACGUGAACAUUGAGUUCACCGAGCCGCAGACCAUCGUCGUCAGCGGCCGCGUUGAGCGCAGCUACACGGCCGGCACCCCGCCCGCCGGCCUGAUCGAGGACCUCAGCAAGAAGGCCACCAUCACCGAGGAGGGCGAGAAGACCUCCACCCCGCCUGCCAAGGAGAAAAGCGCCGCCGAGGGGACCGCAAACGGAAACGGAAACGGAAACGGCGGUGCCCAGCGCGCUGAAAAGUUCUGGGUGUCGGAGCGCUCCGUCGGCGAGUUCUCCCGCACCUUCAGCUUCCCGACCCCGGUCGACCACGACGGUGUGACCGCGGGUCUCAACAACGGCGUCCUAUCCGUCACCAUCCCGAAGGCCAAGAAGAAGGAGGCCCGCCGCAUCGCUAUCAACUGAGGUCGCCUCGUCUUUCGGCUAACACCUCCUUCCUGAACAAUCGUUCCGUUUGCACUUUUGGGGGUCAUUGUACGAAUACGAACAUGGGAAGGAGUUUUGCAGUUUUACGGAAGCUCAGCCUUUGCACGGAGUAGUAGGGUUGAUGGAUCACUGGACAUCCCAUGGACACGGGCGUUUUCCUGCGCAUGGCUUCUUUUGUCACGACGAACGACCUUCUUUACUUCACUCAUUGAGCCUUGCUUUCUAUUAAUAAAAACGACGCUGCAAAAUACAUGGUGUACCUACUUUACCUUACCUAUGAACUUCCUUCUUGGGUGUUAUGUACGUCUUCAUGAUGCUUCCCCCAGACCAUGAUCGUCAGUGUCACCAGGGCCACAAUUGCCGGAUGGCGUCAUUCGGCUCCACAA